AUGUUUAAAUCGAAUUUUGAAAAACUACUCGAUAAAGUUACCAGCAAUUUGUUAUUAGAAGCGGAUUGGCCUACUACAUUAGAAAUAUGUGACACAAUACGACAGAAAGAUGUCCAACCAAAAUUUGCACUCAAUGCCAUUAAGAAAAAACUUAUUAGUCCAAAUCCUCACACAGCUAUGUACAGCUUAUUGGUUUUAGAAUGUUGUGUUAAAAAUUGUGGUCAAUUAGUACAUGAUGAAGUUGGCACUAAACCUUUUAUGGAACAAAUAAGAGAAACUAUAAAAACUACUCCACAUGAAAAUGUUAAAAACAAAUUACUUGAACUAUUACAGACUUGGGCGUUUGCUUUCCGAGCUAUUCCCAAAUAUUGUGCCGUUCAAGAUACAGUUAACAUAAUGAAAGCUGAAGGUUAUACAUUUCCUGCACUUAAAGAAAGUGAUGCUAUGUUCAGUUCAGAUGUAGCUCCUGGUUGGGAAGAUUCUGAUUGCUGUCAUAGAUGCCGUGUUAAAUUUGGAAUGGUUCAACGCAAACACCAUUGUCGUGCUUGUGGACAAGUUUUCUGUGCUCAAUGUUCUUCACGCUCUUGUACAUUACCAAAAUUUGGUAUUGAGAAACCGGUGCGUGUUUGUGAAGCUUGCUUUGAAAAAUCACAAAAACCACAAGUAAACAAAGGAUCAGAAGAUUUACCUAUAGAAUAUCUUACCAGUUCUUUGGCUCAACAAAAUCAAAUACCAGCAGCCAAUAGAAAAACAGAAGAAGAACUAAGAGAAGAUGAAGAAUUACAAUUGGCUUUGGCCUUAUCCCAAUCUGAAGCAGAACAACAAAAAGGGAUACCUUUUAUGAAUUCUACUUCAAUACCUGCGACAAGAUUAUAUUCUUCACCACCAGUAAAUGAAAAAAAGGUUGAGAUUGAGGCUGAAGAUGAUCCAGAAUUGGCACGUUAUUUAAAUCGUUCAUACUGGGAAAGUCUGAAAAUGGGAAAUGUAACUAAAACAUUGCAAGCAAAAAUUGCUUCAACCAAUGUGAAUACCAUUGAGUCACCUAACAAUGAAAUUAGUACUGCCAUGAAUAAUGAACAGCCUGAUGACUCUGAGGAAAUGGAAUUGUUUAUUACUUCUGUUAAAUCACAGUUAGAAAUUUUUGUUAAUCGAAUCAAAUCAAAUUUAAGCAGAGGUAGAACCGUUAUUAAUGGUGGCUCAUUGGAGACAUUUUACUCAAAGAUAACACCUAUGCACCAAAAGUUAUUGCAAUAUAUUCAACAACAAGAUGAGAAAAGAUUAUAUUUUGAAAGGUUGCAAGACAAGUUGGUUCAAGUUAAAGACACACGAGCUGCACUGGAUGCGAUGAGAGAUGAUCAUAAAGCUGCAAUUCAACAAGAAGCUGCAUUUGCUGAACAACAGAGGCAGAUUCAGUUAGCUAUGAAAUUGGAUGUAUUAAGACAGAGAAAACAACAGUACCAACAAUAUCAACAUCAAAUGACUCUUCAACAAGUGCAACAACAAGAACAAGAAAUGGCUAUGAGAAUGGAACAUCAGAGGCAAAACUAUCUUAAUAGUAAUAUGUACGGCCCUAAUUCUUUGCCAAGUAUGCCCACUGCACCUAAUCCUUACAUGUCGCCUGGUCCUAAUUCAUUGAUGUCUUCUCAAAUGCAAGAUAAUGGUAUACGGUAUCCUCAGUCAACAGAAUCGGCUCAUUUUCAACAUAUUUCUCAACCUCAAGGCUUUGUUACAAGACACAUGCUACCUCAAAAUCCAAGUUCUAUCACAAGCAACCAACCAGUGAAUUUACCUUCCAAUGAGCCCAAUAACAUUUCACAAGUCAAUUCAAACAUUCCUCAGCCUAUUUAUCAACCACGAAUGGCUCCUAUGACAAGCACAAUUAAUUCAGGGGUUUCUGUUAGUCCAUCAAUGAAUUCCAUGCACCAACAGUCACUUCCUGGUGUUGGCUCUCACACACAGUCCAUGAUGCCCGGCCAUCAACAACCUCAAAUGCAAAAUAUGGGUCCACCACAACACACGCUUCCAGUAGGACAGCCAAUGAUACCCAGUCAACAUCAACAGCCAAUGAUGGGUCAGAUGUCUAUGCCUUAUGGUGGACCUGUCCACAUGGGACAGUACGGUGCACACCAAAUACCUAGUCAGCAAGUAAAUCCACAGCCGUCCGCUCCAAACCAAGUAGAACAGCCCAAAGUUGAGCAACCCCAGGUUGCAGAGUUAAUAAGUUUUGAUUAA